AUGCCGGACAUCUACCAGCACGAUGCAGCCACACUGAUACCGGCGCUCGUAUCUCAAUUGCCGCACAGCCUGACCCUUCUCCGACGAAUCCAGCAUGGCCUCGCAUUCCCAUCUGAAACCGCCCAAUUGCUAGCGACUUUCCCGCCAGGCACUAAUCCCGCGACGCCAUGGCUGGCUGCGCGGGUGGAUCUGUUUCGCGGCCGCGAGACCCAGAUGUUCAUUUACUCCAGCCUCGAAGCGGAGCACACGUCAAUUCAGCCGAUCGACGCUGUCACCGCGAAAUUAAGUGUGGAUUCCUCGCAAUCUACUAAUAAUAACAGCGACAAUUCCAGAAGUUUCACGGUCGCCUCCUUUUCCGCGCCCCAAUCGACCCUGGACGCGGGCCGCGCCCAACUCUUGGCCUUGCUGUCAUAUGUGAAAAUCCACUUGCUGCCAGUUUACCUGUCAUCUUUGCAUCGGGAACAGUCAGCCACAGCUACGGCUGAGGGUCAGAUCUCCUCGGUCGCCAGCUCCAAGACAAUCCCUGUGAAUCAUGGCGUGCCCCUGAUCCCCGCGCCUGAUCCCCGAGCCUUUCUCAUUGGCGGCUUUCACACGGGUUUGUUGAUGCUCCUGCAGCGAUCAGGAACCUACACCAUCGCAGAUCCCCUUCCCAAUAUCCGGGUCCAUCGCUUCGACAAUCCACCUUACUACAAGUACUUUUUCCGCAGAUCGGAUUUCGGCCCCGAGUCUAGAAGCUCUGGAUCUGCCUCGCUUCCGGUCGGGUAUAGGUUCCAUGAUCGUGAGGGCAGGGAGGGUGUUCACUCAAGACAUUUAGAUCUGGUGCAGAGUCGCACCAGUAUUCCCAGGCCAAGGGGCCAGCUUGCUACAAUGCCUGGAGUUGCUAUUUAUCGUGAUGAAUCGACUGGUACAGAUGCUGAUGAAGAACCGAUUGCUUGGGGGUUCUUGGGGGUGGAUGGGUCAGUUGCGACAUUGCAUGUUGAACCAGACCAUCGGGGUCGCGGGCUUGCAGUCCCCUUGUCCAGGGAGAUCAUUUGUCGUGGAAUGGUGCCCGACGGUCUGUUCGGACCCGGGACUUUCGAGUUCGAUAGUCAAAUUCAAGAUCUUGCUGCGGCCUGGGGUCAUUCGGACGUGUCUGCUGGGAACAGCGCCAGUCGCAGGGUUAUGGAAAAGCUUGGAGGGCAGGUUUUGACAACUAUAACCUGGACUGUGGUGGAGUUGUGUGACUGA